UUUUUUGCAAAUUCUUAUUUCAAUCCUUGGUGUAUCUUUCAUGCGCAUAAUUUUCCACAGUACACGCGGAUUUAGCUUAUUAUUAUUUUUCUCGAUUUUUCCGUUGUUUAUUUUCGAAGUAGGGGAAUUUGCUUUGUUGAUUAUUUCAGUGUCCUUUUCUAACUCUACUUCAAUUAUCUCUUCCUCAUUCUCCUCAAUUUUUGGGAUUUUUUCUUUUUUUAACCCGCUCAUUUUUUAUUUUAUUUUCAAAUUUUAUUUUAAAUGAAUGCGAGUUGGGAAAUCUAUUGUCUUAUAUACUCGCUUAAGCCACGCCCCUUUUCCCAAGAUUUCGUAAUAUUUGCCAAUUCUCAAAGAAAAAUUUUCAUAUAAAAAGGGACAAUUUCUAUAAUCUUAAAAGUUUAUAAAAUCAUUUGAUCAUUUACUUAAAGUAUAAAUUAAUUAAUAAAAAUGAAUUCUGUUUUGGAUGAUAUUUCUAAAAAAUUAAAUUGCCCAUGUUAUUUGGUGAGAUAUAGACUAAUGUAUCAAGAAAAUGCUGAUUUGAUCGCAAAAUUUAUAAAAGAAAAUGGAGAGCUAGAGACAAAUUAUCUUGAUAGGAAUG